AUGUCCUCCGUUUUUCUCUUCUCCCUUCUUUUCAUUCUUAAUCCUCUCUUUCUUUCUUUUGCCCGUUCACAGUCAGUGAACUACACGACAAACUCAGGAAUAUGUGAAACGACGCCGGGAGUAUCGCAAUACAGCGGCUAUAUCUAUUUCGAUGACGAUGAAGAGGAUGCAAUGUGGUUUUGGUUCUUUCAAGCGAGAAGCGACCCCGAUAAUAAGCCGCUGACCGUGUGGUUGAAUGGAGGGCCAGGUUGUUCAUCGUUGAUUGGGCUUUUCCAGGAGCAUGGCCCAUGCACGGUCAACGAGGACUCGAACUCGACGACAUAUAAUCCUUAUAGUUGGAAUAAUCACACAAACAUGAUAUACAUCGACCAGCCGUUCGGAGCGGGAUACUCGACGGGGACAACAUUAGUGAAUUCCACGGAUCAGGCCGCUACAUACUUUUGGAAAGCGUUUCAGAUUUUCUUUGCCGACAGCACAUUUAGCGCGUACAAGGACAAUGAGUUCAUUAUUGCUACAGAAUCCUACGGGGCUCGCUUUGGACCCGUGUUCACGCAAUAUUUCCAGUCUCAAAAUGCGAAAAUUGAUAGUGGAGAUCUCGACGCAGAGAAAAUUGUCGUUUCAAAGUUGAUUAUAAGCAACGGCAAACACGACCCUUUGAUUCAGAUGAAGUCCUCUAUAACAUUUGCACAAGACGCCCCGGGAUAUGGACCCCUUGCCAACGACACCGUCUUGGCAGAUAUCCAAGAAGCCUAUAAUGGGAAUUGUUCGACUGGGCUGAAUAAUUGUUACGCCGGUGGGAACGACACCGUAUGCCACGAUGCAUUGGUUCUUUGUACCCAGGAAGUUUUUGCACCCACGAUCGGCGACCGGAAUCCGGAUGACUUGAGGCAGAAUUACACAGCGCAGCUUACAGAGGAGGAAGAGGAAGAUGAUUACAGCGAAGUUUUCCCGCCGAAGUACUACUCAAGCUACAUCCGGUCUUCACGCGUCAAAAAAGCCAUCGGUGCGAAGGGAGACUUUGAUCAAUGCGACUCUAGCCUCAAGUAUCGAUUCUCUAACGGUGGGGAGACCGGGCGGUCUUUCCUGUCGAACCUGGCAGAAUUGGCCGACGCGAAGGAGGUUGACAUAUUGAUAUGGGCGGGUGAUUCGGAUAUGAAGGCAAAUUGGAUCGGAGUCCAUGAUUGUAUCGCGCAAAUGGACUGGUGGGGAAACACGACGUUCAGCAACCUGAAUUACACAACCUUGGUGCUUGACGGGGAGUAUGUAGGAGAAUACAAGAUCGUCCCUGAUGGUGGAGUUAAGUUUGUUCGGGUCUUCGAAGCAGGACAUACUAUGCCUGCGUACCAACCCAAGGUGGCGCAGACCGUCUUUGGACGAUUCGUCAACGGCUCCAAUAUUGGAGGGGUCCAAGAAAGUCAAUCGGGCGACGGGGGCAGUGAUGAUGGAGAUGACAGUGACAAUUCCGCCCUGUCCAAUGAUACGUUGCUAUGGAGGUGGUGGAUAAUUGGAUUUUCGAUUUAUCUUCUAAUUGCAACAUGA